CCCGCCUUUCAACUUCUUCCGCAAGCGAUUCUGCAAGAGAGAGAGAGAGAGAGAGAGAGAGGAGGAGAAAUGGUACUUUGGGAGAUAGCGUUGGGAACUGCAUACUUCUUGGGAUUGAAACGAACAUACAGGCUCGCUCUCAAACUCCAACGACGCCUCGUCAGCCCUAAUCAGCCCAAGAUCCGUCUCUUCCUUCACAGGCGGACCCAUGCUGUUUUCAACGCAGCAAUCACGGUUCACCAGAAUAUACAGCAAAGAGACAUUGAGGUUGGUAGGAAUCUUGGAAACUGGAUUCUUCGGUGGCUCGACCGCAUGAAACCAUCCGCUCAUAUUCGUGGCAAUCCUCCUGGAAAGUCACAGCUACUGUGCUGCAGCACGGGCAGGCAGGCAGUAAACCCAGGCCAACAACCUCUAGGGAACCAAAGGCCCAACAAUAGCAAAAUUACCGACCAGGAAGCUGAUAGGCGGUUCUUCUCCUCAGCGAUGAAUGUACGUCCAAAAACUUUUCCUACUCUAGCCAUGAUGUUGAGGCCCAUGAAGGCAGUUGGCAUGAGUGGCCAAUGCAGGCACGUGUAUUCUGCACCAGUAUUGCCCAAGCCUUGCUGUAGGAGUGACAGAUUCGUAGGCGUCUUCCGGAAAGACAUAAUGCAGUGGAUGCUGCAAAAUGAUUGAUGCCCAGCUUGAUUUCUUGGUAGUUCUUCAACUCAAUCUACUGUAAAUAUUUCAGUCUUUUUCUUUCCAAGCCAUCAAAUAGACUGUUGUUGUGGUUUAAAUGAGAAAUUUUGUAUUACAAUAGUUGAAUUUUUGUUAAAGGAAUUUUUAUUUUUAUUUUUGAACAAUGUUAUACAUUUGCGACCGAUAGAUUUGAACAUUGGAGGUUUCAAAUUCUGAAAAAUGAGGCUAAUGGUUGGAUAA